AAGGAUGCAACAGAGGCAUUCGGGACACGGCCGCCGUCGGACUCCCGGUGCCAGCUGGACCAGGUGAAUGAAUGACGUGGAUUUCCACGGGUUUUGGAGCGGAUCCUGCGUGUGUCCCCGCAAUCCUGAGUACGUCUGCGUGACAGCCACACCAUUUUCACAGAAUGAAUAAAGCAAAGGUGGAGAGUCUUCGAGACAAAGUGGAUGGAAAUGAGCUGGAUCUCAGCCUGUGUAACCUCACAGAGGUCCCAGUCAAGGAACUUGCUGCUGUUCCCAAAGCCACAUUCCUGGACCUUUCCUGUAACAAUCUCACAACUCUAAGUCCUGAGUUCUGUUUGCUGACUCACCUAGUUAAAGUGGACCUGAGCAAGAACCAGCUGGUGAGCCUGCCUGAGGAAAUCGGACAGCUGUACAGCCUGCAACAUCUGGAUCUCUACAACAACAAGCUGACCAUGCUUCCUCUCAGCUUCUGCCAGCUCAGGUGUUUGAAAUGGCUGGAUCUUAAAGACAACCCUCUGGAGCUGACGCUGGCCAAAGCUGCAGGAGACUGUCUGAAUGAGAAACAGUGCAGGCAGUGUGCAGGACGGGUUCUCCUACACAUGAAGCUACUCCAAGAAGAAGCCGAUAAUGUGCGGGAACGCCGACUGCUGAAGGAGAAAGAACAAGAAAAGAAGAGGGAAGCGAAGCAGAGGGAGAGAGAGGCCCGUGAAAGAGAAGUACAAAAAAAGAAAAAGGCUGAGGAGAAGGAGAGGAAAAGGAAGGAAUAUGAAGCACAGAUGGCUGCUCAAGCUGCACAGGAACAACACAAGAAGAAGAAAGAGGAGAAGAAAAAGAGAGCCAGCCAAAAUCAAGAUAAAAAGAAGGCCUCCAUUAGCAAACCUCAGACCAGACGCUCCGUCUGCUCUCGGCUCUUCUCUCUGCUCCUCAGGAUUCUUCUCCUGCUCAUCAUCAGCGCUGCAGCGGUGGUCGGCGCUUGCCGGGUCCCCGAGCUGAAGAAGCAGGAGAUGUGUGCUCCCGUAAAUCUAUACACAGACGAGGCCCUGAGUUGGGCACGAGGCCUGGAUGUGGUGCAGCAAGUCAUUCAGAAAAUCUCUGACCUUCAACAAUGACCUCUUGCUUGGCUCUGAUUGACAAAGACGGCAUCCAUCUUGCGACAGGGUUUAGUCCGGAUAGGAAAAUGUAUACUGGGGUAACUACUAGAAAUGUUGUUCCUUUGUACAUUUGGGGUUUUAAUUUAAACUAAGAAAAAAAUUGAUCAGAAACAGGGGGGAAGUGGACUUUGGGUCCAUUAUGGCUGCUUUGGCGCUACAAUGACGAGGCUCGCUAUCAUGUGACCUUACGUACUGUUCGUAAACGUCUUAUUAAAGCAAACAGAUGCUGUAUUGGGGGCAUGCUUACAUAUUUAUAAUCAUUUCGGAUAACACGUACAAACCACGUGCCAUUUUCUUUCCCAGUACAACGCAGAUACAAAAAUGUAAAGGAAAAAAAACUCCCUCGCUUACCUCUUUGACUGUAAUUUUCUUGCCUACGAAGCAUCUGUGCUGCGAGACGUGAAACGUGGUUUACACGCCGAUCGUCUUCCGCGGCACCGUAUAUUAAUAAACGGACGGAUUUGUAUACAUUUGUAAUUUUUUUUAAUAGAUUUUAAACUCUGAGAAGUCAGGGAGAAUAACGGCAUGAAUAAACGUCAUCCUAUUGCAAAA